AUGCCGCCGCCCCCUUCCCCCCACUCGCCUCUGCCGCCUCCUCUCCUUCCCCGCACCUCUGGCCUCCCCCCUCCUCCCUCCUCCUCCAUCCUCCCUCAUUCGUCAUCACGGCAGACCAUCUCCCGUCACUUGGGCCCCAUGCUGGCGGCCGGGUCGGGGUGGAGGCGCAGCAGGGUUGCAGGGGCCCUACGUGUACUACCUCUACAGCCAGUACGGGUUCGACAAGGGCGACAUCGGCCGCCUCUUCAUCGCCGGCUUCGGCUCCUCCAUGCUCUUCGGCACCAUCGUCGGGUCGCUCGCCGACAAGCAGGAAGUAAGAGGGCGUGCAUCACCUACUGCAUCACCUACAUCAUCAGCUGCAUCAUGAAGCACUCGCCGCAGUACAUGAUUCUGAUGAUUGGCCGUGUGCUUGGAGGCAUUGCAAUAUCGCUGCUCUUCUCGGCAUUCGAGUCGUGGCUCGUCGCGGAGCACAACAAGGGAGAGUUGACUGCUGUACAUGAGACCCAGGCGAAAAUGAGUGUGCUAGCGGAGGCUCCGGGGAUGCAGGGUGAUAGGGCCCAGUCUAUGCUCCGGUUGUGUUGUUGGGGAAGCUUCGGACGGGAUUUAGAUAAGGAAAAGGAGACCCGUGCGAAAUCGAGCGUCCUGGUGUUGGGACUGAUGAUCCGCACUUGUUGUCUAAAUGCAAAACAUGCGCAUUGCAGUGCUUUCUAUCAGUACCGACGACCACAAAUGGGAUGGAUCGAGCAACCAAGACUCAGAGUGUGGUUGACAGUGCGGCCUGCUCCCAACCCUGCAGGUGCCUUACUGUACCAUGCCGUCUCCUGCGUGCCAUGCCCCUCAAACCCAACCAUCAAAUGA